CCUCCAUCUCCUCAAGCACCCCUCACCCUCAACGCCGCUCUCUCUGCUUUCUGCGCCGCACACGCCGUGUGGCCUCAGCGCACGCACCAUGGCCACCAUGCCGCCCUCGACGCCGCUGCGCAGCCGCGCCCAUCUGCCGCACUCGCCCGACGACGACUCGCCGCUGCCCGCGCCGCCGGCCAUCUCCGCCGCCGCCCUCAUGGCGCGCAGCACCAGCGCCGCCGGCAGCAGCAGCAGCAGCAGCGCUGCCAGUGGCAGUGGCAGCGGCGCCGCCAGUGGCAGGGCCUACCUCUUUGCGCCGCGCAUCCACGCCGCCGCGGCGAGCUCGCGACUGGCCGCUGCUUCUGCGGCGCACGCCUCGUCGUCGCGCCUCGGCGCCGCGGCCGCGCCCCAAGUGCGCACCACGCUGGGCAGCAGCAUGGGCCUCUCGCCCUCGCCGCCGCCCCUGGCUUGCCUCGCCAGCAGCAGCAGCAGCAGCAGCAGUGCUGCACCACGUUCCUCUCGCUCGCCCAGCGGCGCCGGCGCUUCUUCAGCGCGCUCCUCGAGCGGCAGUGCCUCACCGCACGCGCCCGGCGCUGCCUCGCCGCCGCGCUCGAGCAGCGGCAGUGGCACGUAUGCGCCUGCUGCAGCCACGGCACCGCCGCAUGCACGAGCGGCCAGCCAUGCCUCUUCCACCUCUGCCUCGUCCUCUGCACGCUCCUCCCUCGGCGCCGCCGACGGCGCAGCAGCCGCAGGCGUGGCGCCCUCUUCCUCCACCGCAGCGGCCGCACGCGAGGCUCGACAUGCACUGCACGCGGCAGGUGCCAGCGUAGCAAGGCGAAGCACUCCGUCGCCGUCGCGCUCGCCCGACCUCGACGCUGCCUCUGCUGCCUUCGCCUCGACUUCGACGGCGGCGACGGCCGCGCCCGCGGCGGCGCCGGCGUACGAGACACCGGCGAUGGCGCGCAGUCUGCGCGCCGGCGCAGGCACGCUGCGCUCCCUGGCGACGGCGGCGCCGCGCAGUGUGGGGCGAGCGCUGCGCAGUACGGGGCGCACCAGCAGUGCGCAUGUGCCUGCGCGGCGCGUCUUGAUUACUGCGCUGGAGCCGGAAGCGGAGGAUGAAGAGGCGGCGCUCGAGGAGGAGCGACGAGAGGAACAAGCCAGUCCCGUCGUGCGCUUGGGCGCGGACGAAGAGGAGGAGGAAGAGCUCGAGCCGGUGCGUGCGGCGCUCGCCGCUUCGCAGCCUGCGCCGCUGCGCUCCGAAGCACAUCCUGCCGCCGCCGCCGCCGCCGCGAGGAGACAGCCGUUGGGCGCAGGCUUUGGCCUGGGCAUGCCUUCCGCACUCGACGCCCAUCGACUGGCACCUGCGCCUCCCACAGGCGGCGCUGCAGAACGUGCCGUGUCAGUGCCGACUGCAGCCGCACCCGCCGCCGCCGCCGCCGCACGAGCUCCACUGGGCGCCUCGAGCCGUGUCAACGUCGCUGCUGCUGCGGCGCCACACACGCCUCUCGCGCACGCUGCCGCCAAGCCUGUGUUGUCGCAGGCCGCGGUGCUGCAGCCUCUUGCGCCGCUGCAUGUGCAGCCGCUGCAGCUCGAGGAGGAAGAGGAAGACGGCGGCGCGCGAGAUGAGGCCAUGGAGCUGCGCCUCAAGCUCGAGGCACAUGACUUGGCCCACUACCAGACGGCCCUCGCGAGUGAGAUUGCGAGACAGGCCGAGAUUGAGGACUUCGUGGUGCGCGACAGGAGGCACGGCAAGGGCUUGGCAGCUUGCAAGGAGACUACGUUCCGCGGGCAGAAGUUCGCCAAGCUCUUCCGCGCCGGCGAGGGCGGCUUCUCGUCGGUGUGGGCCGUGCGCGGGCCGCUGAACCGCGCCGUGGCGCUUCCCGACGGCUCGAUCAGCAUCGAGGCGGUGCCCGAGGCGCACACGGGCCUCUUUGCCAUGAAGCACAUUUCCCUCAAACGCCUCGAGCCGCACUGUCGCACCGAGCUGCUCAAGGAGGUCGAGACGCUGCAGGCCCUGGCGCAGGAAGAGGGAAACGAGAGACACAUCCUCAAGUACUUUGGCCACAAGUUGAGCGGCUCGGCCCUGAAGAUCCUCAUCGAAGUCGGCGAUCAAGACUUCGCCAAGCAUCUCUCCCUCGGGCCUCUGACGCAGGCGCAGAUCCGCACAUACUGGAUGCAGAUGCUCGAGGCGGUGCAGUUCAUCCACGUGCGCGCGCACCUCGUGCACACCGACCUCAAGCCCGCCAACUUUCUCCUCGUCGGCGCGCGCCUCAAGCUCAUCGACUUUGGCAUUGCGCAGAAGAUUCCGCUCGGCACGGUGCACAUUUCGCGCGACCAGAUCAUCGGCACGCCAAACUACAUGGCGCCCGAGACGAUUCUGUGUGCGCGCGGACAGGGCGGCGUGUACAAGGCGGGCAUGCCCUCCGACGUCUGGUCGCUCGGCUGCAUCCUCUACCAGAUGGUCUAUGGCCGUCCGCCGUUCGACGGCAUCGCCUCGGACCGCAAGCUGGAGCGCAUCACCGACCGCGCCCACGUCAUCCCUUUUCCCUCGACGCGCACGCCCGCCGCCGACGCCGAGGAGGUGGCGCCCAGUCUGCUGGCGAGCCUGCGCGCGGCGCUGCGCUACGACGCGCUGCGCCGCGCCACGAUUCACAUGCUCCUCGACGACGCCUUCGCGCGCCCACGCACCAUCACGUUUGCACAGGACGAGUUUCGAGACUUGGUAAAGCGCCUGGCGCUCUCGCUGAUGUGA